AUGGAAGCAACACCUGUUUUUUCUAUUGUGCCUGUGUGCUGUUCGCUUCUUCGAAUUGCCCGAGAAGAUGGUGCUCGUAAGUCGUUUUCCCACUUUUUCCACAAGCAUAGACAGGCGCAAGAGAUUUCCCGGAGCCCGGAGCUGUCGUCCUGCGGCCUGGACGAAAACAGCAGGAACAGGAACGAAAACAGAUCCCGACAAGAGGACCAGGCAGAACUCGGGGCAGGAGACGAUAGGGGAGAAAGGAGUGGAAGGCGGGUGACCGUUGUUGUUGAUUCGGAUGAUGAAGCAGGAGACGUGCCGUGCGUAGAGGGAGGCGAAGUGCAAAGGGGAGACGACGGGAGGGAAAGAGAGACGCGAGAACGCAGAGAGGAGGGCGCAUCAGAUAAGAAUCCCCGCGAUUUGCACAGCCUCUCUCUUUCGGUUGACACCGACGAAACUUUUGGACAGACGGGAGUAGCAAAGGAACCCUUUCUCUCCGAACAAAGCCGAGACGGGAGAGACAAAAGAGAGGACAGGGAACGGGACCAAACAGAUUCGGACGAGAGGGCGACAGGGGAACCAGAAGGGAGUAAGGAAAGAGAAGAGAAUCCGACAGAGGACAGAAAAGAGGAGUGGGCGGAAACGGAAGAGGACGACAGGAAAGCUAUUCUUGAAAGUCUCUUUGUAGAUUUCGACAAGGACGACGACCCGAAACAAGACGCCUGUACGAUAGGGCGGCUCCUGCUUCUCCACAGUCGUCUCUGGCAAGAAAUUGUCUGA